UAAGCAAAACGGACAAAGACUAAGCUGGUACGCAAAAUCGCAAAGUCUAAAACCCUCAACCUCUCUGGCUUCAACCCAUCCUGUCAUUCUUUUCCAUUGUCAAAAAAAUGUCGUCCGACGAGCAAACCCCAUCUUCAACAAUCUCCGUCGUAGAAAACACCGACCAAGCGCCGGAACUCAGCAAGAAAGCCGCCAAAAAGGAAGCCGCUAAGCUCGAAAAGCUUCGCAAAAAGCAAGAAGCUGCGGCCGCAGCCGCCGCAGCAGCUCUCGCUGAAGCCUCAAUUGCCGACCCUCUCGCCGACAACUAUGGCGAUGUUCCUCUCAUUGAGCUCCAAUCGAAGGUGAUUUCGGGUCGGAAAUGGACGGAGGUCAAAUCUCUUUUUUCCGAUCUUAAGGAUUCGGAGGUUCUUAUCAGAGGACGAGUUCAAGCGAUUCGCGCUGUUUCGAAGAAAAUGACGUUUGUUGUGGUCAGAGAAGCUGGUUUUACUGUUCAGUGCGUUUUGAUGGUUGUUAAGGAGAAAGUUAGUGAGCAGAUGGUUAAGUUUGCAAAUACUUUGAGCCGUGAAUCAAUUGUUGAUAUUUUUGGUGUUGUUUCCGUUCCUAAUGAAGCCAUUAAAGGAACUUCUCAGCAGGUUGAGAUUCAGGUGCGUAAGAUUUACUGUAUCAAUAGAGCUGUGCCAACCCUUCCUAUAAACAUUGAGGAUGCUGCUCGAAGUGAAGCGGAGAUUGAAGAAGCUUUGAAGGAUGGUAAACAACUUGUCCGGGUUAACCAAGAUACUCGUUUGAAUUUCCGAGUAUUAGAUUUGAGGACCCCAGCUAAUCAAGCCAUAUUUCAUUUGUCCAGUGAAGUGGAACAUAUAUUUAGGGUGUUCUUGCGAUCUGAAGGUUUUCGAGGAAUCCAUACCCCCAAGUUGAUGGGAGGAACAAGUGAAGGAGGGGCUGCAGUUUUCAGACUUGACUACAAAGGCCAGCCUGCAUGUCUUGCUCAAUCACCACAGCUUCACAAGCAAAUGUCAAUUUCAGGUGAUUUCAGGCGCGUGUUUGAGGUUGGUCCUGUUUUCAGGGCAGAGGAUUCCUUUACUCACAGGCAUCUUUGUGAGUUUACGGGUCUUGAUGCAGAAAUGGAGAUCAAAGAACACUAUUCAGAGGUUAUGGACAUAAUUGACCGGUUAUUUGUCGCCAUUUUUGACCACUUAAAUGAGAACUGCAAGGGAGAACUAGAAGCUGUGUCAAGGCAAUAUCCAUUUCAACCUUUGAAGUAUCUGCAGAAAACAUUGCAGUUGACCUUCCAAGAAGGAGUUCAAAUGCUUAAGGAGGCUGGUAUUGAAGUCGAUCCAUAUGGGGAUCUUAACACCGAAACAGAAAGAAAGCUCGGAGAAUUAGUCCGUGACAAAUAUGACACAGAGUUUUACAUCCUUCAUCGGUAUCCAUUGGCUGUUAGGCCAUUCUACACGAUGCCCUGCUAUGAUGAUCCAUUAUAUAGCAAUUCAUUUGAUGUCUUUAUACGAGGUGAGGAGAUCAUAUCAGGAGCUCAGCGUGUCCAUGACCCUGAAUUUUUGACGAAGCGUGCUGAAGCAUGUGGUAUUGAAGUGAAGACAAUAGCUACUUAUAUUGACUCCUUCAAAUAUGGUGCUUGGCCUCACGGUGGGUUCGGAGUGGGUUUGGAGCGGGUUGUUAUGCUAUUCUGCAACCUAAACAACAUCAGGAAGACAUCUCUAUAUCCCCGCGAUCCACAAAGGCUUGCGCCUUGAUCUUGUUUGCUCGACAACAAUUUUGCCAACAUUGUUGCUAUUGCUUUUAAUUAUUUAUGGCUAACUGUCUGAUUUGGGAGACAUUUCUCAAUUAGCUCAUACAAAUGGAAAUUAACAAACUUGAAGGAUGUCUUUUCUCAUGUUUUGCUUAUAAAGUUUGUGAAUUGUGAAUCAGUUACUUACAUUUCUUACAAUUCACUUUCACUCCUCCGUCGGUCAGUUCUUACCACUGCCGGCUUUCUGCCUUCUA